GGAGACGAUAAGAUUGGGAGGGAAGGCCUUACUUUAUUAUUAUUAUUAUUAUUAUUAUAGCGGGGACACUGACACAGGCUGUGCGGUGGAAAAGGCAAUGAGUCAGAAUUUCAGAGCGAUUCGAUUUUUAGGGUCCACCGUGCAGAAAGAGCGCUCAAACCGGGUAAAUCGGGGUGACGAGGCAAGAAGUAGCUCCGGAGCCCGUAUAAAAACGCCUGAGAUUCCUUCAACUGGGCCACAGUGAACUGAUGCAUGGCGCCCGCAUCCACCAAAUCCCUUAAAAACCGGAAUGAGGAAUUUGAUGCAUGCAUGAAAAUCUGAGCCGGAUGCAACACUGUUGACCUCUCUAGUAAUUCCUCACCGCAUGAUGAGAAGAGGACAAUGACAGCAUCCAAAUGUGUUUUGUGCUCAUAAUGGUGGUGACACCGAAAUAAACGGGUCGAUCGUGGGCACGUGGUUUUGGACUAAAAGUUUUGGGCUUUAUCGAAACAGUUCGACGGAAUAAUGCAUUUGAAAUGUCACAGGAGUAAGUCUUUAUGGGCUACUCUGGGGGUGCUGGUGUUGUGUUGGCUCUACAUUUUUCCAGUGUACAGAAUACCAAGCGACAAGGAGAUGGUGGAGGAGGUUCUGCGGCAGGGACAAACGUGGACCAGAAACCAAACGGGAAUCGAUCUGUACAGGAAGCUACUCACAGAAUGCUGCGACCCAAAGAGGAUGUUUGCAGUGACGAAGGAGAACUCGCCAAUUGGUAAAGUCCUGUGGUAUGACGGAGAGCUCCACCAUUACCACACGGUCAGCAAUGAGACCUACCCAUUCUUUGUUCAGGAUACACCAUUUCAGCUUCCUCUGAAGAAGUGCUCUGUGGUGGGCAACGGAGGGGUCCUGAAACACAGCAGCUGUGGAGGUGAAAUUGACCAGGCUGACUUUAUCAUGAGGUGUAACCUUCCUCCACUAUCCAAAGAGUAUACAGCUGAUGUAGGUACCAGAACACACCUAGUGACAGCUAAUCCUAGCAUCAUUGAAAAAAGCUUUCAGAACCUACUUUGGUCCCGGAAGGCUUUUGUAGAGAGCAUGAAGGCUUACGGGACCAGCUACAUCUACAUGCCAGCGUUCUCCAUGAAGCCUGGCACUGACCCCUCCCUAAGGGUGUACCACACCUUGGCAGACUCUGCAUCCAACCAGACUGUUCUCUUUGCCAACCCGGACUUCCUCAAAAACGUUGGUAGAUUCUGGAAGAACCACGGUGUCCAUGGCAAACGGCUUUCCACAGGGCUGUUUCUGGUGAGUCUUGCACUCGGUUUGUGCAAAGAAGUGACUGCUUACGGUUUCUGGCCAUUUUCCGUGGGCCUAGACAAACAACCGGUCAGCCACCACUAUUAUGACAACAUCCACCCCACCUCGGGAUUUCACGCGAUGCCUGAGGAGUUCCUACAGCUCUGGCAGUUGCAUAAGAGCGGCACUUUGCGUAUGCAUGUCGGAAAUUGUGCAAAAUAGGGGGAGGAACCAAAGAAAAAAGGGUGAAAGUGAUUUGUGAGUUUACAACCCACCGUCCAAAAUGGUCUUUUCUAUAUAUAUACUUGACCCCUAUGUAUGUGCGCAAGAACACUGAUCUGCUACCAAACCUACCUUCUUGUUGCCAAGGAACUGUUGAAAAGACUUGCAUGUAUACCCAUCCUCAUGUAUGCACUCACUGCAAGCUUUUAGUGUCCUUCAAUAGAGGUGGUGGGAGUGAUGGGAAGUGAUGGGGACUCAGUUGUCAUGUCACCUACUAAAACAGCAUCCACUGGCCGUUGGACCCUUAAACUCAGGGGCCAUUUUUUCACGUAACAUAAAAAUGGGUUGGGGGAGGUAUUAAGAGGAACUGCUUCAAUUGAAGUCUUAAGAAAAUGAAAUGGGAAAUCAUAAAAUGGGAGCAAUACUUUGGGACUUCUCAGAAUUUGAUGUACUCUGUGUAUAUAUAUUUUUUUUUUAUCUUGAGCACUGAAUCUUUUUUUUUUUUCUUUUUUUUUUUGUUUGUUUGUUUUUUUAGGAAUAUGAAUAAGGAAUCAUGUAAAAAUAAUUCUUAGAGUCUUUGUAUAUACAAAUCAGUGUAAAAAAAACGCAGGUUUAGCCUGGCAAACGGAAGUAGAGUUGAGCAUUGGAUGUUGGCCCUGCUGAAAACAAAAUACCCCAGCUUAGACCAGUCUAAGUUCUCUUGCUCUGGCCAAGCUGGCGUUCGGCUGAUUUAGCUGGUCUUUGAAGCUAAGCGGGUGUUAGGCUGGUUCAGCUGGUCCUCCAGCCUGGCCAAGCUGGUGUACGUCUGGUUCAGCUGGUCCUCCAGCCUGGCCAUGCUGGUGUUAAGCUGGUUUAGCUGGUCCUCCAGCCUGGCCAAGCUGGUGUUCAUCUGGUUUAGCUGGUCUUCCAGCUUAACCAAGCUGGUGUUCAUCUGGUUUAGCUGGUCUUCCAGCUUAACCAAGCUGGUGUUCAGCUGGUUUAGCUGGCUUCCAUCCUUGCCAAGCUGGUGUUCAGAUGGUUUAGCUGGUCUUUCAAUCUGGCCAAGCUGUUGUUCGGUUGGUUUAGCUGGUCUUCCUGUCUGGCCAAGCGGGUGUUCGGCUGGUUUAACUGGUCUUCGAAGCCUUACCAAGCUGGUAUUUGGCUAGUUUAGCUGGUCUUCAAAGCCUGGCCAAGCUAGCGUUCGUUUGGUUUAGCUGGUCUUCCAGCCUGGCCAAGAUGAUGUUCGGCUGGUUUAGCUGGUCUUCCAACCUGGCUAAGCUGGUGUUCAGCUGGUUUAGCUGUUCUCCAGUCUGGUCAAGCUGGUGUUCAACUGGUUUAGCUGGUCUUCAAAGACUGGCCAAGUGGGUGUUCGGCAGGUUUAGCUGGUCUUCCAGUCUGGCCAAGCUGGCUUUCAGCUAGUUUAGCUGGUCUCCCAUUAUGGCCAAGCUGGUUCUCAGCUGGUUUUAGCUGGUCUCCCACCCUGGCCAAUCUGGUUUAAGCUGGUCACAGUGGUCCUCCAGUCUGGCCAAGCUGUUAUUUUUGUGAAUGUUUUUUUUAGCUGAUUAAGCUGGUCAAACAGUGAGUCUUUUUUCCAGCUGGGAAUGCUGUACAGCCACAAUUUAAAAACGUGUGACACCAUUUUGACUCAAAUACAGGUCUGACCUGGCUGCGGUUCAUUAAUUCUUGUCAGUAUGUUUCUGUUUUUCUUGUACUGUAUUUAUUUUAAAGUCCAAUGAAGUGUGACAUCUACUAUGAAAUUACUGCAUUGUGGAAAUCAAUUCGUCAUGAAACAGCUCAUUUCAUACAAGACGAUAGUGUAUUAUAUUGUUUGGGUGACAGCAUUGAAAGUGAAUGUUUGGGAGAUUCUGUCCAGUGCUUAAGGACUUCUUGAAAUAAAGGAAAGGGAUCAUGGAGACCUCAUGUUCUGUGGAGGAAUGAGUAUCUGUAUCGUUCCUGUGCCAAUGGAAGAAGCAUCAUUGCUUUUGUAGUGACUCAGUUGGUGGGCUUUUCAGAUAUCAUGCAUCUUAUUUGUACGUGUUUUGAGAAUCAGUUAUGAAGACACAUAGUGGUUGGUUCGCCCUUGUGACGUGGGGCAUAAAUCGUGCGAUAGACUUUUUUUUUUUUUUUUUUUGCCUGCUAAGGUGCUGGGCACCUUGUCGGAGCAUGUAAAUAUUCAAUCACCAAUUUCGUUACUAUUCCCAUAAGAAUCAUGGUUCCUCUGAAUGUAAUAGCAGCCAUUUUAGUAGUCUGUCCAGUAGCUUGUUUCCGUGACUUGUUUUUUGGGAUUUUAGGGAAUUAGGUUUAUAUGUUUUAGGUGCUAGUUGUAUUAUAUCCACUCUCUAGUCUCAAUAUUGGACAGACAGGUUGAUAGGUACAGUACAUGAGUUGUAGGAAAGAUGCACUAUAAUGUCGAUUAAGGCUAGAAACAUAUGUCACAAAAGUACGCAGACAAGAGUGCUUGGCCAAAGCAUUUCAAGUAUGCUGUUCCAUUGUACAUGCAUUAUAAUGUGUUCUUGUGUUACUUGCGGUAAAAACGUCAGUACUCAAGUGGCCAAUAGAGUUCCCUUCAAAUGUCUGUUCAAUCUUGUGAAAUAUGACCAGGCCAUAUUCUUGACUAACAUAGUCUUGACUCGUGGCAAAUAUUUCCAUUAAAUCCCAGUAAUUCUCAUUACCAUAAUUUCGCAUUUCUACCGCUGAUGAGUGCCUUUUUCUAUGGAAAAAAAGAAGGCUAAGCACAUAAUUUUUAAAAAACAUGUUUUUAAGGUAUAAAUGUAGUUGUUUUUUUCUUUUUCUUUUGUCCUACCCUCACAGAAUUAUGGAUUAUUCCAACCAAGUCUGAUGUGGUUUCAAUGUAGUGAGAGUUUUGAUUUAUUUCCAUCUUUGACGAAUGAAAUUAAAAGUUUUGAAAUUAGUUUUGAAAUGUUUUAGCAUUGUUACAAUGUUUUAGGUUGUAGAAGGACCAACUUACAGUACAUUAUUGUAAAGUAAAAUGCUUAAUUGCCAGAAAACGACAUCUUUUUAGCUUACGAGAAGGUUGGAAAGUGUUCGAUGCUGACAAUUUAUCUUUAAUUGUUUUGCACCUUUUUUGUGUUGUUCAUUAUUAUGAAUGAGUGAGCUAGUUUGUAUGUAGGCAUGUACGACUGUGAUAUAUAAUUAGUUUUUGAAACUGAUUUUGAGUUGUAAACUCCUGAACUAUUAUUGUAUUUAAUGUUUUGCCCUCUUUGAGCCAUAUUAGGGUGUGUGCCCGGCUAAAACAGAGCUUACCUCAACUGUAUUAUUCAGUGUUAAAUCUAUCAUUGAAGAACACCUGAGCUUGGAUCUUUGGUAGGGGUCGACCGAUAUAUAUAUCGCCAAGGCUGAUAAAUUUUCGCCGAAAAUCACCAGCUUGCAUGUGAAGCGACUAAGACAUGUAAACGACCAGUCACGGUAUGUUUUGUUGUUACGUGCCAUCGUGUUACUACAAUAAUAGACCGGUGUGCAACACAGUGUAAUUUAAAUUAUCUGCAUAUCAGAGCCGCGGCAGACGCGUUUGAGCUCAUAAUGUUAAAGUGCUCGUCUGUUUCAUUCUACCUCUCUCUCCUCAACAGUUCCCUGUAACUUUUAACUGUCUUGUCUAAUGAUAAAAAGGCAAAUAUCAAUAAAACUAAUAUAGUAUAACAUCUGAAAAUAUGCAUAUAUCUUGUUAAAACAGAUGUAAUAAGCCUCACACAACUUGAGCAGAUCCAGCAUCCAGUGGAGUGCUCAUAAAUCUUCCUCUGAAGCACGUAUCAUAACAGUCUCUCCUCCACAGUUCUCCUCACCUUUAACUUUAUUUUCUAAUGAUAAAAGGCAAAUAUCAAUAUAUCAAUAUGCAGAUACCUCAUUUAAACAGAUGUAAUUCACGAACCUCACGAAAAUCCAGCAUUUUCUUCCCGUCGAGCGCUCAUAUAAUAUCUUCCUCUGAAGCGCAUAUUCUAUCAGCCAGAAUCAAAAACUUCAGGAACAAAAGUUUCUGUCAUUCACAAAUCAUGACGGUGUAGCCUGUGACAAUCCAAGCAGGCAAUCCAUGCUGUUAAAACUGUCAGGGGACUGAUGAUGCUCGCGCUGGAUCCACACGAAUGCGUAAAUGCAACUUCAAUGCUGUGUCUAAAACUAGGAAAAUGCUGCCUCCAGAGGCUGUAUACAGAGGUAGGAUGAAAAUAAGGUGCUUUUCAAACUGUUCAGAGACCAGUUUCCUUAAGAGUUCCAUUCAUUCAAAACAGAUGUCAGUUAAGCCAUUAACUGAUUAGGCAGCAAGGAAGCAAGUCAACUCCCUACGUUUUCGGUUGCAGCCCAAGGUAAAAGCGCUUCACGUGCGCUAUAAGUAAAUGUCUUAUUCACUAUGCACUGUAUGUACAGUUGGUUUGAUUCUGUAUUUUUUGGGUAAAUGUGAUUGCUAAUGUGGACAUGCCAUCCAUGGUUGCUGGACUACUGUGUGUACUGUUAUUUCCUUUUUCUUAUAUAUUAAUAAUUUCUUCAUGGGCAAAUAAAUUACUAAAAUUUGAUGACUAAACAGAAAUCUGAAGAAACAGCUAUCUACCAUUUAAAAUACAAUAUUAUUUAAUUUUAUUUAGUUUUGUGUGAAAUUGAGUAAAUAUUGUGCUGAAUAAGAGUUUUUUUACGUUUGUUAUUUACUAUAUUAAAUUGUGUGAUGUGUUGGCAUUGUAUCGGCCACCCUGCUCUCUGGAUAUCGUCAUUGGCCAUUAAAAAAACCUAUAUCGGUCGACCACUAAUCUUAAGUACUUUGUUUUACUCCCAAAAGCUGUAAAUGUGUUCUGUUAUGUUAAUCUUUGCUCAGGCAGUUGGGUGAUAGUGUUUGAACUUGAGGAUGUCACAGUCUACUAAUAUUAAAAGGAACAUGCCUCCUGGGUUAUGCCAAUAAAUGCAACAUUGACUGCGUUGACAUGCACAAAAUUCCAAUAUUGAUCAGAAUUCACUCAUUUUCAGAUUGUCAUGUAAAACGCAUUAUUUUAAUUGCCAUUUCCAGAUUAAGCCAAUAUUCUGGUUUCUUGAAAUCCGAAUAAGGUAGCUACCUGUAUACAUCUGCCUGUAUUAAUCAGAAUUUUAGAUUGUGUAAAAAUUGCAUUAAAAAAAUCAUAAGAGCGAGCAUCUCCAGUAUUUCCUGAAAAACAUAAGAUUUAGACAAAUUAGGUUACCGGAUUAUGAUGAUUGCAUUUAUACAGGGAUAUUCCAAUAGCUGUGGAGCAUUUAAACAUAUUUUUAAAAACUAAAAGGCUUAACCAGAAUAUGGGCCUUAAUCGGACAAUUAUGUGCAUGUAAAUGUGGUCAAUGAAAAGAAAAUGUUGCAUUUAAAAGUGAGCUAAACACUGCUUUCAAAUAAUAAAAACAACCAGUGUCAACUAAUCUGCUGCAGAACAUUCAAUGUUUAUUUUAUCUGAAUAAAAUUUUAAUUGUUUUUAGGA